CUGUAGUCAAAACGCAACUACUCUACUGUACCGACAACUAUCCGUGAUCAAUCACUCCAGAGACGCCUUCCACAACGCUGGCAAUCAUACCGCCCCGUGAGACACGAAGGCCAAACUUUGACCCUGCAUAUACGUCCGUCUGUUGUCGCAAUCAUCAAACCACCAGCAUUCUCUAUCAGCUAUCUCCAACACCUGCGCAACCAAGUGAUCCGUUAUCUGGCACCAUAUCCCUCAGCUACGUUGCUCCACAACCAUCACAGCACAUCGGAAAACCGACACUGCCUGGCCUGACCUGAUCCGUGGAACUCACUCCGAGGCCGCUUGUACCAUUUGUAUUUCUUAUCGCUGUAGUAGCCUUGCCUCCAAGGACCUAUUGCCCAACCUGGAACCCACCUUCAAGCCAAGGGCUUCCAGAAGCGCCCGCAAUUGCUACGCCGAAUCCCUGGGGUAAAGCUCUUGCGACAUGGGCAACCAACCGUCAAAGUCUGGUCCCGGAACUUCCGCACCCCGAAAGACUUCCUCCUCGACAUCACUAGACAAGGGACCUGCGAUUACUUCUCAGCCGUCAUUCUCAAAGUCUGAUACUGUGGGGAGCACGCGAUCAUUCAAGACAUUAAGAUCGAAAAUACCAGGCACCUCGAAGACCGACAGCCCUCGCGAAUCAUACUCAGGCCUCUCAAAUGGGGACAAUGACAAUGAUACCGGAUCUGUUAUGUCCGGAAGAAGUGGGCGGUCCCGAACGAGCCGCUCCGAGGACAGGUCGCCACUCGCGUCUUUUGACACGGGAAACUAUGCAUCAGAUGCUAUGCAACCUCCUCCAUCGCCAAUCCAAUCUGCGUCUAUGGCAUCUGGAACACAUGAAGGAGUAGCUGCUGCGCAGCAAAGUGGUGAAGUUGAUGUUGUUUCCGACCAGCCGGCGUCAGGGACUCUUAACACCCACCCGCAUGGACAACUGGCUGGAAAAUCCAUUCUGGUCAAGAAAGAAAACUCGAUCAACCCUACCAAUAUUGAUGAUUUGAUUGCCGCUGCCGAAGAGUCUUCGAACCAAGGCAUGGGGAUGGAUCCCAAGUCAAUUGAUAUUGACGAUUGCAUAACUCGGUUGAUAGAUGCUGCUUAUGCAGGAAAGGUCACCAAAGGAGUCUGCCUCAAAAAUGCAGAGAUAACAGCUAUUUGUGUGGCUGCCCGCGAGGUAUUCCUAUCUCAACCAGCACUUCUCGAGCUCGAUGCUCCGGUCAAGAUUGUAGGAGAUAUACACGGGCAGUACCCUGACCUGAUCCGCCUUUUCGAAAUGAGUGGAUCUCCACCAAGCUCCAAUUUCCUGUUCCUCGGCGACUACGUUGAUCGUGGAAAGCAGUCCCUGGAAACCAUUUUGUUGUUGCUGUGCUACAAGUUGAGGUACCCCGAGAACUUUUUUCUGCUCAGGGGCAAUCAUGAGUGCGCCAAUGUCACUCGAGUGUAUGGGUUUUAUGACGAGUGCAAGCGCCGCUGCAAUAUUAAGAUUUGGAAAACAUUUGUUGACACCUUCAACACUCUGCCAAUCGCAGCUAUUGUGGCAGAGAAGAUAUUCUGUGUCCAUGGUGGCCUCUCUCCGUCUCUGAGCCACAUGGAUGACAUCCGCAAUAUUGCGAGGCCAACAGAUGUACCUGAUUAUGGGUUGCUCAACGAUUUGCUCUGGUCUGACCCCGCUGAUAUGGAGGCCGAUUGGGAGGCCAAUGAGCGGGGUGUCAGCUAUUGCUUCGGAAAGAAUGUUAUCACGCAAUUCUUGGAACGGCAUAACUUUGACUUGGUUUGCCGAGCACAUAUGGUGGUUGAGGAUGGUUAUGAAUUCUUCAACGACCGCGUAUUGGUUACUGUUUUCAGUGCGCCAAAUUAUUGCGGCGAGUUUGACAACUGGGGCGCGGUCAUGAGCGUCUCCAGCGAACUUCUUUGUAGCUUUGAACUUCUUAAGCCUCUCGACUCUAGUGCGCUGAAAAGCCACAUUAAGAAGGGAAGAAACAAGCGCAAUAGCACAUUCAACAGUCCGCCUGCAAACUUUAACCCUCAAAGUGUAUAGUGGGGACCGUGGCAGGCUUAAUUACGGGCUCGUUCUCGAGACCCUCGUGGCAUUCACACAUGAACCCCAUCUCCAUUACAACAUACAUGGUGCCAUUGCAUCAAAUUCAACUGAUUCGCCUAUCAGUAACUUACACUCCAAUCUCAAUUUAUCGAGGAGGUUGUGGGUUUAGCGCACCCGAUCGUAGGGGUAUCGAACCAUGCAGGGUUUGUCUGCGCUGGAGAUUUGCCUCUGGGGUUUAACAACCCCGCGGACCCUUUCCGGGUUGCCAUCAUCAGUUUAUGGAGGGGUAAUAUGCCUCUUGAGAAAUCAAGAGCAAGAUGCCGAAUUACCCCAGGCGUUCAUUGGCCCAAGUUUUUUGGGCUGCAUGAUAAUCAUCAAGGCUGCGAAGUUAGUAUUCCUAAUCACACCUCCUCACUGCCUCUGAACACGCUGCUGCUGUAUACAUAAAGGUGCGGGGUUGGAAAGUGCUAGGGGCAGAUACGGCGUUCGGGACAGUGCAUACAAUUCUGCGUUUGAUCAAAGAUGGUUGGGAUGCUUUUGGAGGCGAGCAAUGGGAGAUUGCAGAUGUAGUUUAUAGCUGCCAGAUAGAAAUUAGCCAAAGUUACAGAGAAGAACGUAACCAAAUAAGAUUGUAUUUCGAG